AUGAAAUUCAACGCCAUUGCAUCCGUGUUUGCCCUGUUCGCUUCCGUUGUGUUUGCCGCUUACUCCAACCACACCUUUGUCCCCACCACAGUCACUUUAUCUCCAACCCACUCGGUGGAAACCGAGACUUCUACUUUGACCUAUAAGGAUGAUACUACCACUUUCUACCUCACUUCUACCUACUACACUACUUACUGGUACACUCCAGCCACCACCUCCUCCGUCGAGGUCAUCGUGACUGACAUCCCAACCACUUUCGAAAGAAGUGGCGAGUCGUACACCUCCACUUACACCUCAACAAUUACUUCCACUCUAGAGAUAACCGAAACUGCCACCUCUAGUGCUACUGCUGAGGAUAACAACAGAGGAGAGUCUAACAACAAAGGAAAGCACAGAGGAGAGUCCUGUGUGCCAAUUACCCAAUAUGUCACUGUUGGCACCGUUACCGUCACCCCUGAGCCAGUAACUCAAUAUGUGACCGUCACUGCCGGUGCUUCUAACCACAAGUGGUCCAACAGCACUCAGAAUGCCUAA